CCCUGUAGACGCUGGUGUGUGACGAACACGAACGCGGUGGCGGCGACGACUACGAGGACGUCGACGACGAACGCUUCGGUUCACAGGGCUGCACUCACAGACGCACGCCGGAACGUCGCAAGCCGGGACGACGUAGGGGAGGACCCCAUUCUCCUCCCUCUCUCUCGCUACACGCUACGCUAACCGCGUCGGCGACUUCGUUGUGCUCGCGACGUCGUCUGGGAGCCAAGACGCGCUUCGCUCUCGAAGGACUGUCGUGCUGCGGCGGCGGCGGAAAGCUGCCGGCGUCCUCGACAAGGUGUUCCCGGGGCGUCGUUGCCGACAAGCUGUGCUCUGCGACAAGGCAAGGGGUUCUAGAAGGGCCGAGGACCCGAGCCUUGACGUUCGAGACCCCACUCGGAAGUGUUUCGUCACCGACUGGACAUUCGCGGUGAAGACCACCUAAGUUUCUUCGAGACCUUCGAGAACGUCCCAAAUCAGUGACGCUCGGUGACCUCGAAGGCUGUGCUCUUGCGGGAAAAGCACCAGCCUCAACGAUACCUCUAGAGCACUGCGCCGCUAAGCUAACAGGGUGUUUUGGGUGGCAACUGCGCCGGUAUCUUCACCAACGCCCGGCUGUGCUAAGUGAUGAGACAGUUGAAAUACACCAAGGAGAACUGUGUUUGAGGCUCCGGUUCUAUCAUUCCCGGAUCGUCGAUCAGUUCGGGACGUUGCGGUGAGUCGUACGGCGAUCUACCGGCACCAUCCAGCGUUACGCGAGGCACGCCGCCCUACACACCGACGCCGACAGGACCGUCAGAGAAGGACGAAAGCUGACCUUGACCUUCGCACCAACGCGGGUACCCGAGCGAAGUAUGAGCGCCCGCAGUGAACGAGCUGAGAUCUAGGACUGCGUGUUCGAGGUUGCGUAAAAUGAGCGCGAAAGCAAUUAGUCGCGCUUCGCCCGCAUAGAAGCCAAGCCCAGUAGGAAAGAAAGAAGAAAACGGAGGGCCCUGUCAGUAAACUACACCGGAGGAAAAGAGCUCGCGCAGCUCUCUGCAUAUCUUGCUUCUGUACGAGGUUGGAGGGCAGCAGGUAGAAGUGAAUAGGAGCUUGUCAGUUCCGCCAGGUGAAGAAGAAUCAACUGGAGCAGAGAAUCGCGUGCGGAGCGUAAGAUUUCCCGCCUCGAAGAAAAAGCAAACUUGUACCUCGCUCGCACCUAGUGAAUCUUAUAGCGCCGAAAAAAAAUCAGAGCGGGAAAUCGCAGACGUUCUGUAAACUUCUAAACCGAAACAUCUAAAGGUGUUACAGCUAUACAACGUUUCGUAUUACUUUGCGAAGCCGUCCAUGCGCCGUCGACGGAGCCUUGCGAAGACUUGAAGAGAACAAUCAGACAUCUUCCUUGAGAAGAUUCGUGCGUCAAGAAGCGAGAAGGCAAGCAGUUCACGAAGCACACUGGCGUGCUUCUUAGGUUGGCGAAAUCACUGAAGUUGAACAUAGCCCAGCCUGGAGGGUCUUCAGAAAAUUGAACUGUGAAGGAAAUCCCGACACCAACCUCAAGCGACACCCGAGUCCGGCAUCUGAUUGUUUUAGAGGUGCAGUGUGUCUGUCCCCCAAGUGGCAACCAUUGGUAACUGGAUCGCGAUCUACCUUGACGACACACGCGACGUUACUGUGACGCAACCGUGCGCCGUCAUGGCCUCCGUCAGAGUGUCCGAGGAAAGUGCCACGGUCGUUUCUUGAGCGACAGGGUUCAGCACGACCAUCCUGUGCCAACGAAAGUCGUACCCAGCUACUAAACACUGUGAGGCAUGGCUGCCCACGGAUACCGGCACUUGGAGGUCUAUAGACUGCUACUCCUAUUGGCCCUGCUCCCGGGACCCGCGCUGACGCUGCCUGCGUCGACACCGUUGCGGCAAGGAGGAUCGGCCCCGACCCCCGAGAUCCGAAGUGCCGGACCGGCCGAGUUCCGCGAAGCUCGGGGUCCUUGGAGCACGCUCUACUUUUACGCGCGGAAGCGGAAGGAGGUCGCCCGAGCACCGGCGCUGCAGGAGGUGGUCAAGGUGCCCAAAGAGGCCAAGAAGAAGGUCGACGCCAGCAGCACGGACCGCACCUCGACAGCCCAGCAGCCGAGACACUGGACCAUGGAAGAGCCGACGCCGUCACCGGUUACAACUACGACGACAACAGCGCCGCCGACGACGAGGGACUACUCGGGUCUCUACAUCUCGCCUCCCAUCAUGGUCCUGGAUGGGAACGGAGAACGGGACAACACUCGCGUCGUCCACGACGUCCUCGUGGUCAAGAACCGCCCGUCCCGACGUCCUUCAACGCUGAGACCUCCUGGGGGAUCCAGCCUGGUCCAGUCCUCCAUCAUCAGGAGACCGCCGCCCUUCUGGGCAGGCACCGCCGUGCCGUCGGGCUACGGAGUAUCUCACGCCGUGCUCAUGAACAACCACCGUCCCCCAUCCGCGUCGUCGGCCUUCAAGAGACCCUACCCGGGUGUAACCUCCAUCCACAUCUACCCGCUGACCACCGCGCCAUCGACGACCACGUCGGUGUACCCGCCGCAGGGAACCAUCGCGUCGGUGCCGCUCUCCGUGUACGACACGGUGGCUAACACGACCAUCGUGCACCAGAACAUCAUCACUCUGUCCAAGCCGACGUACUCUUCUUCGUCCUCUUCGUCUUCGCCGUCUGAAACGGCCACGUCUUCUCCGCCUUACAUGGAAGAAGAAGACUACGGCACCACGACGGAGGCGAUGACGGAGUCCACCGAGGCUUCCUCACCGUCUUCGCCGUCGAGACCCUCGACGACCGAGCCGCUGCCGGACUGGGCCCUCCAGCACCAGCACCAUCACCGACCCGUGGUCACGACGUCGCCCCCGUCGUCCAGUCUCGUGGCGCCCAUAGGUUCCAUGCCCGGAAUCCUGGGUCCCAUCGGCAACCUGAUGCAGAAGUUUCCUACCGGAUCGCUAUCUAUGUUUCAGAACAUCGGACGGGUCAUGGCCGUGCUCCCGACGAUGCUGGCCGCGUUCCUUCUCACGGCGCUCCUCUUCGUGUGAGUUCAACGUCCUCUCGCCUGGCGCGACGGAUGUUUAAGCAAGGCCAUCGUAAUGUGCUAGGAGGGUCAAUGGACCUGGUCUCCGCAAGGUAACGCUGUAGUCGCUGACUACCUUUGGUAGCAUCGAUAAGCAUGCAGGCCGCUCAAUGGCAGACAAUUAAGUGACUACUCUUCUCACCCCUUUGGUGUGUUCCACUCGUCAAGGACCUCCGCCGAUCCUGCUCUGAAGAAACAUCCGACGUCCUGUGUGAAACAAUCGCGUGCAUCUUCGUGCUGUUGGAGUAUCUAACCUCGUGAACUCAUGACAUGUGCGUGCAGCUGAAUUCCGCGGGUCCGGAAAGGAUUACCUCACACUACGACGGGGUCAGCCAAACCAGUGCCCUAAAGCAUACGAGGAGGAGACCUGACAGAUCCCAGCGAACACACAUGACACCCGGCUGAACUUGGAUGACCGAGAGUGUCGCGGUUGCUAUGCGUUCAGGCGCAGCCUAGUGUGUGUAAACGAUUGCGUUUACUUGGCUACGCGAUAUGUCACUUGGCUACGCGAUAUUGCUACAACGGUAUAUGGCAGGGCAGAUCAUAAUCGACAUUGAAACGCGGAUUAAGGUUAUCUUGGGCGCAGCGUCACUCAGAAUACUAUGUUGAAGAGAAUUAGUGAACGAUACAUAUUUUUGCGCCUGCCACGCCACAACAGGUGACUAUAGGAUAAUAAAGCAGACUUAUAUGGCGCUGGGCCACGAGUUCUAACUCGCACCGAGUUAUUAGCUUAGAGUUCUGCCCUUGCGAGUUACUUCUUGCUUAUUAAAAACCACCCUGCCUGGAAGGUACGCUUUCGGUUAAAAUGACGACCGUUAUUAACGCGAGAGCGUUAAAGGCCCAGUGUCGCAGAAAAUCCGGUGUCGGCAUGCGGCUCCGACCGUCUCGUCAGCGAAAAUUUAUUCCGAACGAUGCAUACCGAACCACGCAGGCCCUCCGCGUGGCGCAGAGGCGUUGUGAACUAAUUGAAUUUAUCAAAGUAAAAUUCGUCAGAAAAAUCGUAAAAUACGACUUAACCGCAACCUACAGACAUGAUAGCGUCGGGUUGUAGUUUGAAUAUACGAGAAAACAUAAUUCUGUUACCCGGAAACUCAAACACAAAGCCCUUUUCCAGAGUUUCUACCAUUCUUAGAGCGGCGCACCCCGCUCGGUUCCUUGCAACAACACCAUCCAGAUGGCGCUCGCCUCCGUGCAUCCGCGGCAGCGGUGCGCGGAGGCGGAGAAAAAAAAAGAAAGCUGCAGUUGCCGGGAAGCAUGACUAGCAGUCAGGGAUCCAUGAAUGCUAUCGCGUUCCACUCUUAAAGGCGAAGCUUAAGCGUCCUCCAACAUUUUUGUAGCUAUAAAUAAAUUUACACGCACCAGAGCAGCACAUGGAGCUGGGCCAAUACAAGCCUAAAGUGGUUACACAUUGGCAGUAACUACUAUCACAUUGGCCCAGCAUCGUACCACUACGGCUCACAUUCAGCUACGUAAACCUGACAUGGAAAUACAUUGAUCAAAGAUGAGACCGCUUUAGCCCUAUAUUGAGCCACAUAAGCCUUACAUUGAAUUACACUAGCCCAACGUCAGACCACUUUGGCUCUACACUGAGGCACAUAGAUCUGACAUGAAAUUAUUGGCCUAGCAUUGAAUUACAUUCGCCCAGGAUAGAGUUACGUUGAGACAAUACAAAAUUAUAUUGGCUCGACAUGAGGACACAUUGGCUCGGCCUUUAAACCGCGUUGUCAAAGCGAGGGCUAGCCCUGAGUGGAUUUACAUUGGCCCAACGUAAAAUCGAAUUGUCGCCGUUUCCAGUACUACUUGAGAUCUCUCUCGUAUUCGCCGCACUCCCCGCCACGUAUUUCGUGAAGCUGUUUAUUUUGCGAUGAUCUGACUACAGCCCAUUUAGGCCAUAAGAUUGCAUUGGUAGUGGUAAGGCCUCUGAUCAGUCGCAAUCAAUUGCUUAGAAGUUGAGCUUGUGCUACUACAUUUCGAUAUUCUUUACUCAAGGCACAACUUGGCGCUUUCUUCGGACCCAGUGGUGACAUUAAAGCAAAGUUAGUGAGCGCCAUGCAGCAGUGUACAGUGAAGAAUGGUUCCUACAAAAUCUUAUGUCCUUACAGCUUUGCUGAGCCCCGAAUAGUACAUUUUUACAGCUUAAGAAAGGCAGCACACAAAGAAUCGGUUUCGCGUCACGUACCUGCGAAAGAUUGGGAUGGACAAUUGCUAAGGAUGGCGUUCUUUUUCGUGACAUAUACCUAGUUCAUCACCGUACAUAACACGCAUGUUAAGGACGUGGGCGCAUGCGUAGUCUGUGUCUGCGACACAUCUGUGACGUCCUCAAUUAUUUAUUACCUCAUUCACGCUAAUACUCCAAGGCCUGCAGCUCUACGUCUAUUGCAGAUCGCCACAUUUACCGAAAGCGAGUAUAUCUUUAUGUCAUCUUCAUUAGGACACUCCUUCGUUUAUUAAACACCGAUACUCGCGAUGUUGCAUAUCUCUUUUUUCAAGAGCCAGAUCACGUUGUACUUAUCACAUAAGCUAAGGUACUCAAGAAGAAAACUAGUUAUCUUCAGUUCCAAACAGUAAAAUGUGAGUGAAACAAACUGUACGAGAGCUGAACACUCAAGAAAACGUUCGAAGGUAGAAAAUCCCUCCAGUCAAACAGCAUGUGCGCACGACGCCAUUAACUAAACUCUUCGCUGAAGUGACAUCCAAUGAAAUGGUACUUUCAUUACGCCACCUAUUUCGCGAAUGUAUUAUGUUUGUAUAGGCGUGACUAUCUGGGGACAUACUAUAGGACCAAUUGGACCAACGCAUCAACUGGAAAAACCUAAUCUGUGAGAUGUGCCACGUAGACGUAGCACUAACUCCUGAAUGUUCCAGUUGUUUCAGGCUGAGCCAUCCGUCGUUCGUGCCCGAACACUCUUCAAACCCAUCAACGGACCUGCGAAAGUGUAGUGCUGCGACCCUGGGCGUCGUUGCCAGCACGAGCACUUGCUAAGCCUUCAUUCUAUUUAAAAGCCAAUAAAGACAUUCUCUU